UGAGAAAAUAAGGAAGAAGUGAAGGAGGAAAGAGUGGAGAAUGGAGUGAAGAUUCAGAGCAAGCAAGAGCAUAAAGAGGCCAUCGAUGAAUCUGUGAUGAUGUUGAAUGAUUGAAACUGUCUUUGCGGCGUUGCCGGAAGGAUUCUUCAUCGGGAGAUGCCGACUGUGCCGUUGGGACUCUCGCCGCCGCCUAAAACUUCCAUUCUUACUAUCUCUAAGAAGAAGCUUACCUUUCCUCAUAAACCCAGUACUCAUCAUCCUUCUCUUUUCCCCCUACCCAUAACAGGGGGGAGAGUUUGCAGGGCAAGUGAAGUUGUUGAAUUGUUUCCAGCAGUGGGGAAUGAAAUAAUGGUUAGAGAAGCCAGGUUGGAGGAUUGUUGGGAAGUGGCUGAGACUCAUUGUAGUUGUUUCUUCCCCAAUUACUCAUUCCCUUUUGAUUUGAUGCUGAGGAUGAACCGGGUAGUGGGAAUGGUAUCUGGAUUCUCCUCCUUACCAACUGGCUGCAAGAGAACUUGUCUUGUUGCUGUUAUUGGCAAUUCACAUGGUGAAUCCUUUGUCUUUGGAAAUGAAGAUUUUAGAAUUGGAGGUCUUGAUGUUAGAUUUAGCCUCAUAAACAAGGGAUAUAUUGCUGGAAUAUUGACUGUGGACACUGUUGCUGAUUUCUUGCCAAGAAAGGGGCCAUUCCAGCAAAGAAGGACUGGGGUGGCAUACAUAUCAAAUGUAGCAGUUAUGGAAGGUUUUCGACAGAAGGGGAUAGCGAAAAGGCUAAUAGCGAAAGCCGAGAUGAAAGCUAGUAGCUGGGGCUGUCGAUCGAUUGCAUUGCAUUGUGAUGCAAAGAAUCCGGCUGCAACAAGGUUGUAUAUAGGGCAAGGCUAUAAAUGUGUCCAAAUACCCCAAGGAGCAAACUGGCCUUUACCCAAAACUGGUAAUAAAGUCAAGUUUAAUUUCAUGAUGAAGCUGCUCAAACAACCAAACACUAUGCCCUAGCUAGGUUUCACAAGUUUGUAAUUUGUAUUGGAGAAAGUUCACAAUAAUGUAUUGUACAUAUUUAUAACUCAUAAACUAGGGUCAUUUAUUAUUAAGUAAAUUAAGAAGAUUCUCGUA